UCCAACGAGUGCAAGCAUCUUCGCCUCGCCAGACUCCGAGGCUCUCCCCCGUGAAACUCAGUGAAUCACCGUCUUUGGUAUCCUCUCCAAAGCUGGCGGCUGUUCUGCUUGAGGGCGCUGCUGCCCCUGCAGUGGACUCAAAUUCCAUUGUAUCACGACCCCUUACUCCGACAUCGGACUCCUCGGAUUUGGACCCUAGUGUCGAGUAUGCCAGGCAUCAGCUGAGCCUGUUCAAGUUACUACGAAUGCAGCAUUAUCCAAUUCUUCUAUCGCCGUUGAGCUUCGCAAGCGGAUGGUUGAACUACGCCAGCACUAUUUGUUCAAUGCCAAGGAUGCAGAUUUAGAAUUUCGGAGCCAGAAAGAUGCCUAUCUUUCUGCUGCUCUCCAUGAUCGUCUCAGAAAUCCGAAUGCAAUCGACUCCUUGAUUUCUGACACCACUCCACGGAAACUUAGAAAAGGGGGUGCCAGCAGCAGAGCUACUCCAAUCAUAGCAGCACCAUCCUCAAAAAGUACCAGUGAUUUGUUGGAAGGCUCAGACACUGACCAAAGUGAAGGGAUAUUUGGUACGAUGCUUGAUGAAACGCCUACCUCCGAGACUCUCCCAGCCUUUAAUACUGUCGUGCGUAUUCGUGAUAUGCAACUACCAAAGCAGUGGAGUGGUCGGACCCCCAAAGCUUUGCUUGAUGACCACGUCCACAGAAUUGACAAAUACGCUGCGAUCUCGUAUUUCUCUGUGGGAGGCGCAAGCCGUGCGGUCCGUGCCGGGGUUAGUGUGAGAUGGAUCACACGAAAAUCCCAAGAGUGGCGCAUGGAGGAAGACGGGUGCUACGACCAUAUUCAAGCGGAGCACUUCAUUUCUGUUGUGGCACUGCAUGGUCUGAGCUUCGACUCGCCCCCAGGCUUUGCAGUUGGCAACACAGCAAAUAACACUUCAAACACUAGAGGCUUUCCACCUGUAUUCCGUGACCUCUGGAACGAAUUGGAGAAUCGAAGAAAGUCAGAAUAUGAGAGGACGAACCGAGCUAUAUGGGCUACGUUGCGGAAUUUGCUUGGAUCCCGGAUAUCAACUCCUGGAACCACCAAGGAUCCGAAAUCCGUCAAACCGUCUGCUAUCACAAUUGAAGCUAAUUUGGAUGUGCGACCUCGGUCACUUGAGUUAUACUCCGAUCAACUGGCCAUGUCAUUUAUGACGCGUCAGAUGUCGCAGUCUUACCAGGAAAUGCUGGCACACCGGAACACGCUGCCGAUAGCAGCGUAUCGUGGGCAAAUCCUCUCCACGCUGGAGUACGCCCAAGUAAUGGUUCUUAGUGGAGAGACUGGAUGUGGGAAGAGCACCCAAGUGCCGUCCUUUAUCCUUGAGGACCAGUUGUCUCGUGGGAAGCCCUGCAAGAUCUGCUGCACCGAACCUAGGAGGAUUUCUGCGAUCUCGCUAGCUCAGCGGGUCUCUCGGGAGCUUGGCGAACCUCCGGGUGUCGUCGGGACGAAUGCUUCUCUUGUUGGAUACUCCAUUCGCCUAGAGAGUAAUACAUCGAGGUCCACCAGACUGGCGUUCGUGACAAAUGGCAUUGCUCUCCGAAUGCUGGAGAAUGGUGGGACCACUGGUGGCAAGGGAAUGUCUUUGGACGAGAUCACUCAUAUCAUCGUGGACGAAGUCCAUGAACGCUCCAUUGAAAGCGACUUCUUACUUAUUGUCCUGAAGUCGUUGUUACGACAACGCUCGGACCUCAAGGUGAUAUUGAUGUCCGCUACGGUUGAUGCAGAGAAGAUUUCGAGCUACUUCGAAGGCUGCCCGAUUAUGCAGGUGCCAGGGAGGACGUUCCCUGUAGAUGUGCAGUUCCUUGAAGAUGCCGUGGAGUUGACCAAAUGGUCGAUCAACGAAGACAGUCCCUAUGCAAAGCGGGCCGGCGCUAGGUUUAAUCGCCAUGAUAGAGGUGCUGGAUUUGAAUGGACCGAGGACUCUCCAGAUCCCGAGGAUGAUGAAGAAGGGACGUCCACGUCUGCGAGCCCUCUGAAGCUGGAAAAACGCUACUCCUCGGAAACGAAAAAGACUGUCGAUCUUUUUGAUGAGCGAAACAUUCCAUAUGAACUCAUCAUCAGACUCCUGGAACGCAUAUGUCUCCAAGAUCCCAACUAUGCGCACUACUCCGCUGCUAUUUUGGUGUUUAUGCCGGGAAUGAAUGAAAUACGAAGGCUCCUUGAGAUGCUUUCCGAACAUGACGAAUUUGGCGUGGAAGAGUUCUAUCGUGUCUACCCAUUGCAUUCAACAAUAUCGAGCGAGAAUCAAAGCGCAGUCUUCGACAUACCUCCCCCUGGUGUUCGGAAGAUUGUCAUUGCGACGAAUAUUGCUGAAACUGGCAUAACAAUCCCCGACGUCACAUGUGUUAUUGAUUCAGGGAGGCAUCGGGAGAUGAGAUACGAUGAGAAGCGCCAGAUUAGUCGUUUGGAUGAAACCUUCAUCGCCCAAAGCAACGCAACUCAGAGACGCGGACGAGCGGGGCGGGUGCAGGCUGGACUUUGUUUCCAUCUUUUUACCAAAUUCAGACAUGACACUUUGCUCGCAGAUCACCCACUACCUGAAAUGAUGCGGUUGAGCUUAUCGAAUCUCGCGCUGCGCACCAAAAUCCUUAAAGUGGACGUUGGGUCUUCUAUUGAAGAUGUCCUUUCUCGCGCUCUGGACCCCCCGUCCCAAGUGAACAUUCAGCGAGCUGUAUCCGCAUUGAUAGAGGUAAAGGCACUGACACCGUCAGAGGGGAUAACACCUAUGGGGCGCCUCCUCAGUCAAAUGCCCACCGAUGUGCACUUGGGGAAAUUUUUGCUUCUCGCAGCGUUGUUCGGUUGUUUGGACCCCGCAUUAACCAUAGCCGCGGCUCUCAAUUCCAAAUCACCAUUUGUGACCCCCUUCGGCUUUGAGGCUGAAGCGGAUAGAGCUAAAUUAUCAUUCAGAAUUGAUAAUUCCGAUUUUCUCACCAUUCAUGCUGCGUUUGCAAGUUGGAGGCGCGCAUAUACGAGCCCCAGUGCCGCUCGUGCGUUUUGUAGAAAGAAUUAUCUCAGUUACCAAAAUCUACAGCAAAUCGAAGAGCUACGGCAACAAUUUUUGGCUUAUUUAGUGGAUUCUACGUUUGUGUCGGUCGACCGAAGUUUCGAACGCGAACUGUAUCGGAAUCGGUCCAGUCGUGGCAGAAUCAAGUUCUUGCAGGUUCCUGAAGAGCUCGACAGGAAUUCGUGCGACGAUAAUGUUGUUAAGGCUGCUCUUGCAGCAGGGCUCUACCCCAAACUUCUUGUUGUUGAAGAAUCUACUGGUCAACUUCGCACAUUGACCAACAAUCAGUCAGUAUCAUUCCACCCAAGCUCCAUCAAUUUCCGUGCAAAACCGAAGGACUUUGGCGUCAGCCAUCUCUGCUACUUCACCUUGAUGCAUUCAAAGAAACUCUACGCUUGGGAGACCGGCCCGAUCGAUGACUUAUCCUUGUUCCUUCUCUGCGGUGAGGCAGAAUUCAAGUUGUUCUCCAAUUCUGCCUUCAUUGAUCGCAAGAUCAAGUAUAACCUUUCGCCAAAGACAAACUUGGCCGUGAAAGUGUUACGCGAACGAACAGCAUCCAUUCUCGCCACCCAAAUGCGCGGCAAACCGCUGUCACUUUCCCAGCAGAAGUGGAAGGAACUGGCACUCUUUGUCCUGGGGAAACUCAAGAUAGACGCGGAUGUCACUGACAUAUCCAUCGCACUGCCUCCACAAAUCGAUAUCAAGUACUGAAACUUGUGUAUUUUAACCCCCGCUGUGACACGCAAGUGCG